AUGCAACAGAAAUAUCAUUUCGUAGGAUCAGAUCACUCUUGUGUAAGCCCUCGUAAGGGUGAAGAGUUGAGUGUUGAAAAGAAAUCAAGUGGAGUGAAGUCAAAUCAAAGUCAAGGUCAUGUUUUGUCUCGCAGCUCGAGAAGAAAGAUAAAUAUUUUUGAAAGUCCUAUGACUUCAGAUUGCAAAAACCACAAAGCAAACUGCAACGUUCACAUCAGCAAUAAAGUCGAUUUUUAUAAAGAUUUCAUGAGGUCUUUGUCGAUGGAAAAGAAGACUAAUUUAAUAGAAAAAAAAACUGUAAUAAAAAGGGGGUUUAAGGAGAAUUGUAAUAAGUGA